GGCGCGGGGAUCCUGGCGGACUGGCCGUUGCUGUGGAGACGCCUGCAGGUGGACCCCUGGCACUGUGGUAUUCCUGGCUCUUCCUGGGCCCUUUCUCAGUCUGUCCUGCUUCCACUCUGGGAGAUUUGUGAGCUGGCCAGUGAUGGGAAGUAACCACUUGUGGUCGUGCUGAAUCUCUGAAUAUGAUUCGAAUUGCAGCCUUAAAUGCCAGUUCCACAGUUGAAGAUGAUCAUGAAGGAAGCUUUAAAAGUCACAAAACCCAGACAAAGGAGGCUCAGGAAGCAGAGGCUUUUGCCUUGUACCAUAAGGCCCUGGAUCUUCAGAAGCAUGACAGGUUUGAGGAGUCUGCCAAAGCCUACCAUGAGCUCCUGGAGGCACGCCUGCUACAGGAGGCAGUUUCAUCCGGAGAUGAGAAAGAGGGGUUGAAACACCCUGGAUUGAUACUGAAAUAUUCCACAUAUAAGAACCUGGCUCAGCUGGCAGCCCAGCGAGAGGAUCUGGAGACAGCCAUGGAGUUCUACCUGGAGGCAGUGAUGCUGGACUCCACAGAUGUCAACCUCUGGUAUAAAAUUGGACAUGUGGCCCUGAGGCUCAUCCGGCUUCCCCUGGCUCGCCAUGCUUUUGAAGAAGGGCUGCGGUGCAAUCCUGACCAUUGGCCAUGCUUGGACAACCUCAUCACUGUCCUGUAUACCCUCAGUGAUUACACAACAUGUUUGUACUUCAUCUGCAAAGCAUUGGAGAAAGAUUGCCGGUACAGCAAAGGUCUGGUUCUCAAGGAGAAGAUCUUUGAGGAGCAGCCUUGUCUCCGGAAGGACUCACUCCGAAUGUUCCUCAAAUGUGACAUGUCAAUUCAUGAUGUGUCAGUGAGUGCAACCGAGACACAGGCUAUUGUAGAUGAGGCUCUGGGGCUGCGGAAGAAGAGGCAGGCACUGAUUGUGCGAGAGAAGGAGCCAGACCUGAAACUGGUGCAGCCCAUUCCCUUCUUAACGUGGAAGUGCCUAGGAGAGAGCUUGCUGGCCAUGUACAACCACCUCACUACCUGUGAGCCCCCGAGGCCCAGCCUUGGCAAGAGAAUUGACUUGUCUGACUACCAGGAUCCCAGCCAGCUACUAGCAUCGUCCAUGGUGGUGACACCCGUCAGUGUGAUCCAGCCGAGCCCUGUCAGCACCAACACAACUGUAGCUGUGGCUGAGCCUGUGCUCUCUUAUGCCUCUGUGGCCACAGCCAGUUUUCCACUGCACAGUCCUGGUCUACUGGACACAGGCACUCCUGUGGGUGACAUUUCUGGGGGAGAUAAAUCCAAGAAAGGAGUGAAGCGGAAGAAGAUUUUGGAAGAGAGUGGAGAGACAGCAAAGCGGAGAUCUGCUCGUGUCCGAAACACCAAGUGCAAAAAAGAAGAGAAAGUAGACUUCCAAGAGCUUCUGGUGAAGUUCUUGCCAUCCAGGUUAAGAAAGCUGGAGCCUGAGGAGGAAGAUGAUCCCUUUAAUAACUAUGAAGUCCAGUCAGAAACCAAACUGGAAAGUUUCUCAAGCAUAGGGCCUCAUCGACUAUCAUUUGACUCAGCUACAUUCAUGGAAUCUGAGAAGCAGGAUGUGCACGAGUUCUUGAUGGAGAACCUGACCAACGGAGGCAUUCUGGAGCUGAUGAUGCGCUACCUAAAGGGCAUGGGCCACAAGUUCCUUCUGAGGUGGCCACCUGGCCUAGCCGAGGUUGUGCUCAGCGUCUAUCAUAGCUGGAGGAGGCACAGCACCAGCCUGCCAAACCCACUGCUGAGAGACUGCAGCAACAAGCACAUCAAGGACAUGAUGCUCAUGUCUCUCUCCUGCAUGGAACUCCAGCUGGACCAGUGGCUGCUGACCAAAGGCAGAAGUUCUACAGUGUCUUCUCGGAACUGCCCUGCUGGUGUGGUGAAUGGCAGAUUUGGGCCUGACUUCCCAGGAACCCACUGCCUGGGUGACCUUCUGCAGCUGUCAUUUGCCUCAUCCCAGCGUGACCUGUUUGAGGAUGGAUGGCUGGAAUUUGUUGUCCGCGUUUACUGGCUGAAGGCUCGUUUCUUGGCACUGCAGGGAGACAUGGAGCAGGCCCUGGAAAACUAUGACAUCUGCACAGAAAUGCUCCAAAGCUCCACCACCAUCCAGGCAGAAGCAGGGGCUGAGCAAAGGGACAUUGUCAUCCGACUGCCUAAUCUCCACAACGACUCUGUCGUUUCACUGGAAGAGAUUGAUAAGAACCUGAAGUCACUAGAACGGUGCCAGUCCUUGGAGGAGAUUCAGCGGCUGUAUGAGGCGGGGGACUACAAGGCUGUUGUGCAUCUGCUGCGCCCCACUUUGUGCACCAGUGGAUUUGACCAGGCCAAACACCUGGAGUUUAUGACUUCCAUUCCUGAGAGGCCGGCCCAGCUGCUUCUGCUGCAGGACUCCUUGCUCCGACUGAAAGACCACCAGCAGUGUUUGGAAUGUUCUGAUGUAGCUCUGAAUGAGGCUGUCCAGCAAAUGGUGAACUCCAGUGAGACUGCAGCUAAAGAGGAGUGGGUGGCUACAGUGACCCAGCUAUUGCUGGGCAUUGAGCAGGCGCUUUCUGAGGACAGCAGCGGCAGCAUCCUGAAGGAUUCAUCCUCCACCACUGGCCUCAUCCGGCUUACCAACAACCUCAUCCAGGUCAUUGACUGCAGCAUGGCUGUGCAGGAGGAGCCCAAGGAGCCCCAUGUCUCUUCAGUGCUGCCCUGGAUCAUCCUGCAUAGGAUUAUCUGGCAGGAGGAGGACACCUUCCGCUCCCUGUGCCACCAGCAACAGCUCCAGAACCCAGCAGAGGAAGGGAUGUCUGAGAUGCCAAUGCUCCCAUCCUCCCUUAUGCUGCUCAACACAGCUCAUGAGUACUUGGGUAGGAGGUCCUGGUGCUGCAAUUCAGAUGGGGCUAUGUUGCGAUUUUAUGUGCGAGUUCUCCAAAAGGAGCUUGCUGCAUCCAUGUCUGAAGACACCCACCCUUAUAAGGAGGAGCUGGAGACGGCCUUGGAGCAGUGCUUCUACUGUCUGUACAGUUUUCCCAGCAAGAAGAGCAAGGCCAGGUACCUGGAGGAGCACUCCGCUCAGCAGGUGGAUCUUAUAUGGGAGGAUGCCCUGUUUAUGUUUGAGUAUUUUAAGCCCAAGACCCUUCCUGAAUUUGACAGCUACAAGACCAGCACUGUAUCUGCUGACUUGGCCAACCUCCUGAAGAGAAUUGCUACCAUUGUGCCCCGCACAGAGAGGCCUGCACUAAGCCUGGACAAAGUCUCUGCCUACAUUGAGGGGACCUCAACUGAGGUGCCCUGCCUUCCAGAAGGGGCGGACCCUUCUCCUCCAGUGGUGAAUGAACUGUACUAUCUCUUGGCUGAUUAUCAUUUCAAAAACAAGGAGCAGUCCAAGGCCAUCAAAUUCUACAUGCAUGACAUCUGCAUUUGCCCCAACAGGUUCGAUUCUUGGGCAGGCAUGGCUCUGGCCCGAGCCAGUCGCAUUCAGGAUAAACUGAACUCCAAUGAGCUGAAGAGUGAUGGACCAAUAUGGAAACAUGCCACGCCUGUCCUGAACUGCUUCCGGCGGGCUCUAGAAAUUGACAGCUCUAACCUGUCCCUGUGGAUCGAGUAUGGUACCAUGUCCUACGCCUUGCACUCAUUUGCUUCACGCCAGUUAAAGCAGUGGAGAGCUGAACUGCCCCCUGAGCUUGUACAGCAGAUGGAGGACCGGCGAGAUGGCAUGCUGGAGACAGCCAGACACUGUUUCACAUCGGCAGCCCAAUGUGAGGGUGACGGUGAUGAGGAGGAGUGGCUCAUCCACUAUAUGCUGGGCAAGGUGGCUGAGAAGCAGCAGCAGCCACCGACUGUCUACUUGCUACACUACAGGCAGGCUGGCCACUACCUACAUGAGGAAGCUGCCCGCUACCCCAAGAAGAUCCACUACCACAACCCACCCGAGCUGGCUAUGGAGGCCCUGGAGGUAUACUUCCGGCUCCAUGCUUCCAUCCUAAAGCUCCUGGGGAGACCUGAUUCUGGGGUUAGUGCAGAGGUCCUGGUCAACUUUAUGAAGGAGGCUGCAGAAGGACCCUUUGCCAGGGGCGAGGAGAAGAAUACACCGAAAGCUUCAGAAAAGGAGAAGGCCUGCCUGGUGGAUGAGGACUCCCACUCUUCAGCUGGGACACUGCCGGGCCCCGGAGCCUCCCUCCCCUCCUCCUCUGGCCCAGGUCUGACAUCCCCACCUUACACAGCCACUCCGAUUGACCACGAUUACGUCAAAUGUAAAAAACCCCACCAGCAGGCGACGCCGGACGACCGAAGCCAAGACAGCACAGCCGUGGCACUCUCAGACUCCAGCUCAACGCAGGACUUCUUUAAUGAGCCUACCAGCUCACUGGAGGGCUCCCGGAAGCCCUUUGCAGAGAAGAGGCUGCCUGUGCUCAGUGCUCAAACAGGACUGACUGGUAAAGACCUUCAGGGGGCCACAGAGGAAAGAGGAAAAACCGAGGAGUCCUUGGAAAGCACAGAGGGCUUCCGGGCUGCAGAGCAAGGCAUCCAGAAGCCUACUGUAGAAGCCCCAGCUUCUGUUUGUGUCUCUGUCAAGCCCCCAGUGUCUGUACCUGCUUUUUGGGAUGGGAAGAAGAGAUGUGACCCCCCGGGAGAGUCAGUGGCCUUCCCUCAAGGUCUGCCAACUGGCGCCGAAGAACAGCGCCAGUUCCUCACAGAGCAGUGUAUCACCUCCUUUCACCUAUGCCUGAGCCGCUUCCCCCAGCACUACAAGAGUCUCUACCGACUGGCCUUUCUCUACACGUACAGCAAGACCCACCGGAACCUCCAGUGGGCCCGCGAUGUGUUGCUAGGCAGCAGUAUCCCGUGGCAACAACUGCAGCACAUGCCGGCACAGGGGCUCUUCUGUGAGAGGAACAAGACCAAUUUCUUCAACGGCAUCUGGCGGAUCCCCGUGGAUGAGAUUGACCGGCCAGGCAGCUUCGCCUGGCACAUGAACCGUUCGAUCGUGCUGCUGCUCAAGGUGUUGGCCCAGCUCCGGGACCAUAGCACCCUGCUGAAGGUGUCCUCAAUGCUGCAGCGGACCCCAGACCAGGGCAAGAAGUAUCUACGAGAUGCUGACCGCCAGGUCCUGGCACAGCGGGCCUUCAUUCUCACUGUGAAGGUGCUAGAGGACACACUGAGUGAGCUCACAGAGGGAUCAGAACGCCCAGGGCCCAAGACCUGUGGCCUCUCUGGAGCCAGGAUGACCUCCGAUGUCUCACACAGGGCCAGUCCUGAGAAUAGCCAGGAGAGUCUCCCCCACCCAAAGAAGCCCCCCCUGGCUGAUGGCUCAGGACCAGGGCCUGAGCCAGGGGGUACAGUGGGCCCCCUCAACCACCGGCCUGUAGCCAUGGAUGCAGGAGACAGCACAGACCAAGGCGGGGAGCAAAAGGACAAAGAGAGUCCCCGAGGGGGGCUCACUGAGCCCAUGGACACAGGUGAGGCCAUCACUCGCCAGUCAGACUUGGAGCAGACACCGCCACUACUGCCAGGCCAUCCUCCGAGGGACCGAGGCCCAGAAAGCCGGCCCCCUGAGCUAUCCCUUGAGGAGCUGAGCAUCAGUACCCGGCAGCAGCCCACUCCACUCAUGUCAGCCUCACCAGCCCCCAUCACCAACACUGCCCCCACUGCUGCUACGGGGACCAGGGGGUGCAACCAUCCUGAGGAGCCACCCUCACGGCCCAGCCGCAAGAGAAAGCUCCUGGAAGACACAGAAUCAGGCAAGAUGCUCCUACUGGAUGCCUACCGUGUGUGGCAGCAAGGCCAGAAGGGUGUGGCCUAUGACCUGGGCCGCAUUGAGAGGAUCAUGUCAGAGACCUACAUGCUCAUCAAGCAGGUGGACGAGGAGGCUGCACUGGAGCAGGCUGUGAAGUUUUGUCAAGUUCACCUUGGAGCUGCUGCUCAGAGACAGGCCUCAGGAGACACACCCACAACCCCCAAGCACCCCAAGGACAGCCGAGAAAACUUCUUUCCUGCAGUGACUGCUCCCAUAGCACCUGACACUGUGCCAGCAGAUGCUGUCCAGCGGCCCAGUGACAUCCACACUAAGCCUCGCUCUGCACUGGCUGCCACAACAGCUGUCAUCAGCUGCCCUCCCUCUGCAUCAGCCUCUACCCCAGACUCAUCCAAGGACCCUGGAACUCCCCGAUCACAUAGGCCUGAGACCAUCACCAGCAUGGUCUCUCUGAUCCCAGAGGGAGAAGAGCUGGCAGAAGUGGCAGAGGGCACCAGCUGCCCACCUCAGGAGCCACAGCACAAUCAACAGGUGAAGAUGGCCCCCACAGGCUCCCCAGCAGAGCCUCACUGCUGGCCAGUGGAGGCUGCCGCCCAGUCAGGCACCGAGCCCACCUGCAGCCAAGCCACCAGCUCCAAGGUCCCCAGCAGUGGGAGUGCCCAGCCACCCGAGGGCCACCCAGGCAAGGCCGAGCCCAGCCGGGCCAAGUCCCGCCUCCUGCCCAGCAUGCCAAAGUUGGUGAUCCCCUCGACCACCACCAAGUUCCCCCCUGAGAUCACCGUCACACCGCCCACCCCGACCCUGCUCUCCCCCAAAGGCAGCAUCUCGGAGGAGACCAAGCAGAAACUGAAGUCAGCAAUCCUGUCUGCCCAGUCAGCCGCCAAUGUGAGGAAGGAGAGCCUGUGCCAGCCGGCCCUAGAGGUCCUGGAGACAUCCAGCCAGGAGUCCUCACUAGAGAGUGAAACGGAUGAGGAUGACGACUACAUGGACAUCUGAGGGGGAAUACCUGGAGCCCCAUAGCCACCCGGAAGGGCCACCCAGGCCUGGAAUGCCCCUUUGGCCCAGAGACUGGGCAAGGCCAAAGGCCCACAUAGGGUACCAUUUCCCAUGCAGCCUUCCAGGAGCCUACCCAGCUGCCUCUUCAGUGUGGGAGUCCAGAGGAGGAGGAGGCCCAGCUUAACUACAUGAGGCUGAAUUGGUCACAAUCUGCACUGCAGGACUGGCAUCCUUUUCUAUGAAAUGUUAACUUUGUAAAUGUGCCCACACCAGCGCAUCCAACUUCACGUCCAUACUAUGGUGCCAGGACGAGCCAGGCUCUGCUAGGUCCCAGUGGAGGGGUUAUC